CGUGUCUGCCGAGUCCAUAACAAACAAGUAGCAGAUACGAGUGGGAGAAGAGCAGCCUUCUCGUGCCCUUGCUCGCAUCUCGUGAAAACUCUUCGACGUGACAGCUCGUUUCCACGCACGGCGCCGUCAGCACCGUGAAGCGCACGAUCAGAACCGUGGGAGAAGCGCUCGCGCCGCCAACCUCGCCGUUUGCUCCGUAAACAUAUCGAUACUGAUGGGACAUGGCCAUGUCUGCUCCAUCAACAUCAACAUCAGAACCAGCUAUGAAGUCCAACUCAGAGCUCCCGGGCCUGGGGGGGAUUAAGGCGUUGAAUUUGAAGGUGGGUCCAGUGCGGAGGAAUCUCUUUGGGCCCGUGGACCAUCAGCAGCUGCAGAAGGACUUUGAGCGGCUGUUCUGCAUGAGCGUGGAGGUGGCCAACAAGCGAUGGAACUUUGACUUCCAGAGCGACAAGCCGGGGGUCGGGUCCAGCAUGGAGUGGGAGGAGCUCCGGUGCCAGGAUGUGCCGACGUUUUACCACAGCUGCACGGUGAGGCCAGCGGUGAGACCUGUCGGGAUGACAAAGGGCAAGAGGCGGACGUCAUCUACGUCGAGCGAGGACUCCCCCGUGUCCAGCAGCUCCUCUGGGUCUGGAGACGAGUACCUUGAAGUGACCACCAGGGGGUGCUACAGGCUGCAACGGUCAGGGAAGCGUAAGCAGUCCAACAUCACAGAUUUCUUCAAGGUAAAGAAGAGGAGGCUUCUUCAUUACAAACCAUCUUCCCGACAGUAGAGGAGCACAACAAGACCCAGUAGAGGAUCACUAAGUGGUCCACACAUCACCUCACAUAGAUAUGACUGAUAUCAUAUGUAUAUAUGUAGCAAUUUGUAACUGACUGUCCACAAGCUCAUACAACAUGGGCUCAAAAACUCCUUUUACACCACAUAUCAUUAACGUUCAGCACAAGGAAGCUAGCAUGUUCCUAGUUAAGCAAUGUCAGACUUUACAAACAUUAUAUAUAUUCUUUAUACUGUUUUGCUUAGCUUUUUGACUAUACUGUGAACUUUUUAAAAUGCACUCUUACAGAAAAUUAGAAAAGCAGUCUCUAGCUCUAAGGGGUUAAAAAGAGGCCUUGGGUGACCUCAAUCCACACUCACCAUUUAGUUUUGUGACAUGGCGUCGAGGGUCAGUGGUCAAACCUUCAGCGGUGGCUCCGAAUGUGGCGUCGUCGUUAGAAUUAGCACCAGGUUAAAGGUUAAGCAACGAGGUAACGGUACCUGUAAAACAGUGACUUAAAUAGUGAUUAAUAAUAACAAUAAUAACAUUUAACUUUUUAUUUAUUAUUAACAAUGCUAGAUCAUUGUCGAAACAACAUCAUUAUUUUACUAAAAAGAAAAACAUGGUGUAAAGCGAGGUAAUAGAAUGUGUGGAAACCUGCUCUAUUGGCUCCAAGUUACACUUUGGACUGUGGCUUGUGUCCACUCCAUCGUUGCCUCCUAAAUUUAUCAAUCAUACAUCAUCAGAACAUUGCCAAAAACAUACAAAUUGCAAACUUUAUUCAAUUUUUGCUUUGUAUUAUUUGCAUAAUAGGGUCGUACAGGUGUUUUUGGGGAACGGACCAGAACGUACCUUCUUGAGCUGUAUGUUUGUCGGCUUUAUGCUUUUAAUAAUGUAGCAUUUCUUACUUCGUCUUCAUGUCUCGUCCACUUCGUUUGAUGUGUCUCGUCUACUCAAGAACAGAAUGUAAUUUUCGUCAGUGUGCUGCCGCUCAGAGGAAUUUAUGUCGCCGCGCUUAUGCGGGUGUUGGUGAAUGUUGAUUUGUUUGUCUUGAUGUUCUUAACACGAUGAAAGGAAAGUGGCAGCUGAUUUAGUAGAGACCAAAGAGAAAUUGCUUUGCCCGUUUAUAGUCACAAACUGUUGAUCGCCUGUUGGUUGCAGACGGGGUCACACACGUGUGCAGCUUUUUUGGUGAACCACAAACAACAGGAUGUGACUAUUUUUCUUUUUAUACUCUGGAUUUGGAUUAAAAAAAGCCAUGGAUCCUCUCGUACUACCUCAUUAAAUGAGUUAAUAACACAGAAAAGUUACAAACAAAGUGCAAACCAGUCAAGCUCACUCAGGCUGUUUGCAGCUGUAGGUGUAAAAGACAGACAGACGUGGGACGGGGUUGUUCUGAUGUGGUAAAAGCCGUUAUGUUUCAGCGCUCGACCUCGAGUUUCACAUCAGGUAAAAAAGUCAGUGUAUCAAAGUAGAGGAAACGCUGGCCGCCCCGCGGGAGGCCGGGAAAGGGGGGGGCAGUCCGGCCUUUGUUGUCUCUUGCUCUCGCUCAUUGCCCCACUUUGCUUUGACAGCAUUCCCAGAAAUGGACAGAGCAAAGGGAAUAUGGGGGGGGGGCAUUUAAAUCAAUACAUUUCUACUGGCAGAAUAGAUGCCUGUGAUAAAGAAGUCUUUACUAAACCCUUGCAUCAGUUGGUGCAUAAAAUUAACAAGUAAAAGCUGUUAUGACCAUUUUAAAUUGAUCAGGAUGACUUUUUCAUGUCAGCGUGUCUGAGUGUGUGUGUGUGUGUGAGACUGUUUUUGUUCACCUUUCUUCUCAGCGUGUUUAAAGUCUAUAUUAACUUAUUUUGAAUUUCUGUCAUUUGUAUGGUCGGGAUUUGUAUAAUUCCCAGUUAUUAGACAACUAAUUCACUGUCACGUCUGAAACUAUAUCUUUGCACUACUUAAAACGUUGACAAGAGAACUAUUUUUGUAUGGUAACAUUUGGAAAAAACAUACAAAUCCUCAUUGAGAAGCUGAUGCACAGAUUAGAUGUUGAUACAGACUUGUCACAUUCAGUUAUUUUUGACUUUGUUUAGCCACAUUGACUUGACAACUAGUAAAAAUAUGCAAGAAAGUUAUAUCACAACUAAUCUGUGCAUGAAGAAAUUUCAUUUAUCACAGUUACAUUUGUGUUUUUUACUUUGUAUAUGCAUGAAUGUAUGAUAAUCUUUGUAAUAAUUUGUUCAUAUUUUUAAACGGGCUUAUGUGGCCUUGCAACAUGUUAGAAGUGUAUAAGAAGUAUAUCCUUCCAUGGUAACUUUGUAGAUAACAACGUUAAGAGACUCAACUGCUGGGUUGUUGGUGCACUGUUGCCCUUUGUAAUGCUAAUUUGAUACAGUGUGAUUGAAAUAAUAAAACGUUAAUUAAUUUUUUCAUUAUAAACAACUAAA